AUGUGGUUUAAGAAUUUGGGUUCGAAAGCAGAAGCAGGAGAAGAUAAGAAGGACGGGGAUCCAGAUGUAAAGAAUGAAGAAUCCGCAAUAGAUUAUGAUGAUGAAGAAGAGCAAAAGAAAGAUUUGAAUGCUGAUGAAAAGAAAGAGGAAGAAAAGUGUAAUGUGAAUGAAAAACUUCAUAAUGAGGGAGAAGAGAAUAUUAUAGAGAAUAGAGAAUCUACAAAUGAACCUGAUCAAGAUUCAGAUGUACAUGACUCAAGAAUGAACGAGACUCAAAUUAAUGAACGAAUAGAUGAAAUAAUAAAUAACCUAUCAUCCGAUGAGGAGGAAGAAGGAGAAGUAGUGGAAGAUGAAAUUCCUUACGAUAGAGUAGAAGAAAAUAAUGAAGUAAACAAAGAAGUUAUUUUAUUAAAUUUUUAUUAUGAACUAUCAAAUCAAAAGUUAGAAUUACUUGUUAAUGUUUUUGGAAAGGUUAAAAAUAUGUUUACAGAUGACAAUGAAGGAAUUCAUGUUAUUUUCUAUUCAAUUAAAAGUGCAAAAAAGGCAAAAGAAUAUCUUGACAAUUUCAAAAUUAAAAAUAGAAGAAUACAAGUUAUUUAUGGUACGUAUAAAGAGGGAGUAAAAUCUAAUGCAAACAUAUCGACAGAGACAAAACAGAAUAUAAAGGAUGAUUCCUAUGACAAAUAUGAUUUAGACAAUGGAAAAGAAAAUAAAAAUGAUUCAUUUUCACAUUCUGGUUUUGAUCACUCAGGAAAUAUAAAUAAUGCAAAGACUCCUGUGAAAUUAUUUAAAAACAAAAAAUAUUACAUGAACAAUGUUCAUACAUUUUCUCAUAACAAUAUGACGAAUAAUUUCUCUUAUAAAAAUCAAACCAAAGGUAUUAUUCCUAUUCCCCAUAUGAAGAAUAAAAAUUUAUUUGUAGCUCCAUCUGCAAAUUUAAAUACUCAGAAUGAAAUUACUUCGUCCUCUGAGCUAUCUUUGAAUCAUCAGGAAAAAAUUCCUACGAGUCAUAAAGACCAUAAUCGAAGUAGAAGCAGUAACAGAGGAAUGCAUCAUAACAUCCAGCAUAACAGUAGUAGUAAUCUCCAUCUCCAUCAACAGCAGCAUCAACAGGAAAAUAACGCACAUUUAGAAACAUCCAAUUUUAAUAAUGCAUCUAAUUAUGUGCAGCCUCCACCACCACCCCCUCCAAGAUCACUAAAACCAUAUAACAAGCCAUUCAACGAUGCAAAUAGAAACAAUCUGGUAGAAUCCUUUCCCAAAUAUAAUCAUCAUCAAAGUAACAACCAUCAACAUUCAGUUACCCCAGUAUCAUCUGAGCAUAAUAGAAAUAAAAUUACAAAUGGCCAACCCUUAUUAUCACAUGGAAGGAGAAAAAUGAUGAGUGAACAAAUUUCAUCUUCUUUUAUUCAGAACACGUAUAAUAAGAAUGGGUUCGAAGUACCAUCUAAUAGUAAUACACCUUAUGUUUCUUACACUAACCAACCUCCUACAUCUAAUAAAAAUGUACAUCAUAAGAGGAGUGCAGCAGCACCCCUUCCACCACAUAUUCAUGGUGCAAAUCACACAGAAAUGAAUAUGCCACAUUCAACAGGAGGAAAAUAUAUUCCCAUGACGAGCCCUGAAAAGAGUGAUAUGUCUGCAUCUGCUAAAAGAUCUGGUUUUAGAAGUAGAUACUAUGGAAAUCAUCCGAAUCCAGAGAAUCAGAGUAAUACUGUUCUGCAUGGAAAAUACACAAUUCAUGAAGAGUAUGAGCCUCAGGCAAUACAUCCAAAAUAUGAAGAAUCCUAUCCCCAUGCAAUAUACACAGUAAAUCACACGAAGCAUGCCAAGUACACAGAUCUUAGUAAUAAACAUAAUUCUAGACAUAUGAAACCACCUCAUGCAUCUGAAAGAGUAGAAAGUCUUAGCAAGGAAAGCUUUGAAUACUCCAUCCAAUUUAAUGAAGAGAACCCAUUCGGAAUUCAUAAAGAUAAUCAAGUGGCAGAAAAUCCAACGUGGAAUCAUAGAAAGACAAAACCGGUUCUGAAAUGGGAUCCAGAUGCAUCUGUUGAAGCUAAUCACCUUGAUUUUGUAGAAACUUUUGGAAAUACUAAAAUUUAUAAUAGAUAUUUACUCAUUACAAACAUACCAGAGCAUCUAGAUCAAGACAGUAAAGUAAAGGAGUACGUCAACGGGUUGUUUUCAAAAGAAAAGGUGCAUUCCAUUUGUGUAGAAGUGACGCUUUUUAUUGCGAACGAAAUAGAUGAACAUAGGUUCUUUAAAAAUGCCAAAAAGCGAGAAGAUCCCGUUGACCAAGAUGCAGCAGUUACCAUGGGUGAUGAAGUUAAUCAGGAAAUAACCGCGAUGCAGGGAGAGGUGCAAAAUGUAGAUUUUCCAAUUGGAGAUCAGCACGACGACCCCAUGGAGGGAUUAACCAAGGAAGAGCAAGGAGGAGAAGCAGAUGGAGAAGUAGGUGGAGAAGAAGGUGGAGAAGCAGGUGGAGAAGCAGGUGGAGAAGUAGGAGGAGAAGGAGAAGCAGGAGCAGAAGCAGGAGCAGAAGUAGAAAAAAUGGAAAAAAAUGAAGGUGAAAAUCAAACAAAGGAAAACAAACGUAGAGGUGCCAAGAAAUCUGUCACAUCAAAGAAGACAGGAAGAAGAGGAAAAGGGGGUCAAAAUGUAGAAGCUAAAAAUGAAGAAGUUGUGGCAGAGGGCAAUCAAAAUGAAGAAACUGUUGUGAAGAGUGAUCCAAAUGAAGAAACUGUGGUGAAGAGUGAUCCAAAUGAAGAAACUGUGGUGAAGAGUGAUCCAAAUAAAGAAACUGUGAUGAAGAGUGAUCCAAAUGAAGAAACUGUGGUGAAGAGUGAUCAAAAUAAAGGAGCUGUGGUGAAGAGUGAUCCAAAUGAAGAAUCUGUGGUGAAGAGUGAUCAAAAUAAAGGAGCUGUGACGGAGGGAGAAAGUAAAACCGAUGAACAUGCGAAAGUGGGUAGUGUGUCCAGACAAAUGAACGGAAAGAGAUACGCUCACCUAACCUUUCGAACUAUAAAAAAUUGUGUAGAAGCAAAGAAAGCUCUGGAAAAGGAAAAUUUUUUAGUGACAUUUUCAGCUCCUAGCAAAGCAAACGUUUGUUUAUGGGUAGGAAACAUUUUGAAGAAUUAUUUUUUGAACACAGCAAAUAUUUUGAAUAAUAUGUUUAUGGAAUUUGGUGAGGUUCAGAAUAUAAAAUAUGUUUCAGAUAAAAAUUGUCUUUUCUUACAAUAUGCAAAUGUGAAAGACGCUGUUAAAGCAAGGAAUCACAUGUAUGGAAUUCAAAUAUCCAAUAAUACAUUUUUGAACAUUGAUUUUUCUACUCUUGGAGAAUGGGAGGGAAAACAACAGAAGGCAAGUUAUACACGAAAGAAAUUAUUGGAUUCACUUACCCAGGACAAUGGAGAAUUAAACGAUGUAUUAGAAUCAACCUUCAAGAGAAGAAGCUCUGGUUUUUUGGACUCCAAGGUUAUGCAUAUAUUAAAGAAUAGCAACAACCUUGAUGAUAUUAAUGACAAUAAUGAUAAUAGUAAUUAUUAUUAUAUUAACAAUCCAAAUCGAGGUAAUCUAAAUCUAGGGAACCCAAGUCGAGGCCACCCAAGUCGAGGUAACCCAAAUCGAGGUCACCCAAGUCGAGGUCACCCUAGUAGAGGUAACCCAAGUUAUGUCAAUCACAACAGCGAGGUUCGCUUGAAGAGACACGACCUUGACAAAAACGAUGAAUACACUUCGAAGAAAAAACAUAACAGAGAUAACAACUCUACCAGUGUUUCCAUUCAUAGAAGGAAAAAUAAAUUACAGGCCGUUGAUUCAUAUCGAAAUAACAACUCUGGAUAUGAUAAAACUAGUGCAGGAGGAGGAGAAAACCAUUAUAAAUAUGAAAAGAAAGAUUCAAGACGAGCAUCCAAACGAAAGGGAACUCUUCUCACAUCUGAUCAUACAAAGCAUCGCCCCCAUCUGCAUCCUUCUCAUCAUAGAAGUUAUAAAAAGAGGAGAAAUGAAAAUAGUGAAGAAAGUGCCAUUGAUGAUACUACACAUCCCAUGGGUUACUCAUCUCGGCAUCAACAUGGAACAUUAAAUGAAACUGUCAAAGGUAUUGCUAAUCAUGAUAAUGUGGAAGAAGAAUCAAGUAGCGAUUUUAAUAGCUUAGACGAUGUCGAAUUGAAUGAUUAUAAUGAAAUUCAAAAAACAGUAUCCUUUUAUGUUAAUCAGAAAUAUAAGUGUGACUUUAUAUCCAAUUUCUAUGACGGAAACCCUGAACUUAAAAUUUAUCCAAAGUUAAACGUAGAAACCAAAAGUGAUGUACACAACUUAAUGAACGUACGCAAUUCCUGUCUUGAUUACUCCAUAUGGCAAUUAGGACCAACUGUUACACAGAAAAAGAAAUUUCUGCAUAUAUGUGAACAUUUCAGUAAGAAGAAAAAUAUUCCCGUUAUUAUUGAUAAAAAUUUCACAAUAUUUAUAGUCCCCAUGAAAGAGGAUUACCUUAAGGAUCUAGGAAUCGAUAAUCCGGACUUUAUGUAUGCCUUUGUUCUUUUAACAAAAAAGUUAUAA